UGUGCUGUUGCCAAGCAUUUGUGCAUAGCGAGCUAGAUUGGAUCGUAGUCAUACGAAUCUCUGAAACGAACCAAACUACGCUUUCUUAUUCAAAAAUUCACCACUGGUUACGAUUAGAAGAAAGAUGAAUAUACUUCGAGUAUAAUGAUUGCCAUAGAAUCUUUGCCGAUAGAUACAUCUAUUACUCCAAUAAAACAACAUCAUCUAUUAAAUCGAAGAGGAAAGUUGACUCGAAAUAAACUUCGUCCAGUCGCCCGGCCCAAGAGCAUCCAGCGCAACCCCGAUGGAUUGGCAUGUUCGCAGUUGACGCCGGUGCAUCCAUCAAGUCCUCAGUCAGUCUUGUGUGUUGCUGACAAUAAAAGUGUUGCUUCUGUUUCUUCAACAGGAAAGUGUCCCCGCAGGAAAUUGAAGUCUGGUGAUACGGAUAAAAAGGUGAAACCUCCCGGCAUGCCCGGGAAGUUACCACGAAUUAAUAAAAAGAAAGAUGAGGGACUUGCAAGAUCAAGAAAAUCUGGAAAGCGUUCAAGUUCAAGCACAGCAGUCUCGGCAUCGGAACAUUCAGAUUCACAACAUCAUCCAAAAAAUCAAAGACAAAGCCUGAAAAAUGAAUCGAUUACAGAAGAUGGUGAUAAAGCCAAACCUCAGAAGAAAAAGACAAAAUCAGUGUACAUCUUAGAAGCAAUCAAACCAAAUAAUGUUCAAUCAGAAAAGGAGAAAUUCAUGCGAUUAAGGGGUCGUUACAACCCUGAAUUUGAAUAUGAUAAUCCAGCAUCCGAAAAGGUGAUGAAGAGCUAUAGUCAAGCUUCCAACAAACUUAUACCUCAGGCUUUGAGGAUCAUGGAGAAUGCUCUAGAUAGAUAUGGAAGCUAUGAGGCUUUUGAGGAGGCUAUUGCUGGGGCUCGACUUACAGAAACAGAAUUCACUGGACUCUUCAAAGGAUUUGUGAAUGCAGAAGGACUGGACAAUCAAGUUUACUUGAAUCUAACCCCCGAUCUUUUGUCUCGAGCAGUUAUGACCAGACUAAGAUCACGACCUACCAUGAAUGUGAACAGUAAAGUUUUGAGGAGAGGUUGGGCCAAAGGAUUACUUCAGCAUGAGAUUGGAACUCAUUAUAUGAGAAGUGCCAAUAACCGCUACCAACCCUGGCACAACAACCGAGGUCGUAAGCGACACAAGCUACUUCCAAUGAAUCCUACAGAGGAGGGUUUAGCCAGUCUUCACAGUGUCCUAGGGAGGGAUGAUCCUUGUUUGUGGAGGUCAGCUAUGCUGUAUUAUACUGUCUAUCAGGCAUCUCUACUGCCAUUCAGGGAAUUAUUUGAACACCUGUCAAGGUUUAUCCAAAGCCCUGAGGUUCGAUGGGACUAUUGUAUGCGGGCAAAGAGAGGGCAAGUGGACACUUCUAAACCAGGUUGUUUCAACAAGGAUCAAGUAUACCUCAAUGGUGCUCUUCAGGUUUUACGCUUCCGUUUUGAUAUCGACUUCCAUGCCCUGGUCAAGAUGGGUCGUGUGGCUUAUCAGGAUAUAGAGCGAUUGCGGAAUGAGGCAGUCUUUGCUGAAGGCGUCGUCAGCGUUCCAUCCUUCAUGGCAGAUAAAGAUAAAUACUUGCAGAAACUGAAUGAGAUCAGACUCAAGAACAGGCUUACAGACAAAGAACUCUGUGAGGUAUUUCCUGUGAUGGAAAGCUGCAUUUGAUGAUUACCUCAUGUUCAUACUUGUUUGAAGUAGCCUUAUGAAAUUGUGUGUGUAGCUCCUACCAAUCUGUUUUACUUGAAUGAUAGAAUAUGCCGAAUAACACUGCAUCUAUGAAAAAGAUAGAAAGGUCUAUAACAUUCUUUAUCCACCAUUUAAAUGAAAGAUGAUUUUUACCUGUUACUUUAUCAGAAGAGUGCAAAAUUCUGGAAGAAUAGAUCAACUGACAGAGAGUCGGACAUAACAGGGUACUAUGUAUUCUUCCAUUCCAUCUACUGACUUCGAUAUUCAAUGACAUUUGGUUACUGGUACUUGAGAAGGGAUUAGAUUUUUCUAACUGUAAAGGCCACUGCACAUCUUACGACUUUUUGCGAUCCUAUUUUGGAACAAAUCGCAUUUUACUCAUUUUCUGAAAAUGUGAAUGGAACAUCGUUUUAUUUGAGGUUAAAU